CUAUAUCACUGGGCCUAAGGGGUAUAUUUGGAAAUUGGUGUAAAAUUGCACAUCUAGGGUUUUGCUUCUUAAAGAGAAUAUUUAGCUUCUUCUCCGACGGUAAGCGGAAGGAAGUUGCAGCGGCGAAAACAGAACCGAAAAUGCCUAAGCAAAUCCACGAGAUCAAGGACUUCCUUCUGACAGCGAGAAGGAAGGAUGCAAGGUCUGUGAAGAUCAAGAGAAGCAAGGACAUUGUCAAGUUCAAGGUCAGGUGCUCUAGGUACCUCUACACUCUUUGCGUCUUCGACCAAGAGAAAGCUGAUAAGCUUAAGCAGUCACUUCCUCCAGGUUUGAGUGUUCAAGACCUUUGAAGAUCACUUGAAGUCAGGGCUCUAUGUUAAUGCUAUAACCAGCGUUGAAGUUAUAGAGAUAUCUUUCGCUUGGGAUAGUUUGUUCUUGUUACCUUUUGAAUUACACUAUGAUUCAGACUCUUCUCUUUUCAUUUUUAAGACUGGGUUUUGUAUUUUGCUAUUUGCCAUGUGAUGUCAAUGACUGCAACAAAAAAAAACUUCAAUUGCUA